AAUAUCAGGUAUAAUCUUCUUUACACAUAACUUUCACAAUGUUGAAAUUGAAUUUACUGGAACGGUAAAAAUCUGUUAUUCAAUUCUAAAGCACUCUGUUUCUUCAUUAUGACAAAUCAAAUAGAGAUAGUUCGCAGAUACAAAUCUCACAAGUUUCUAAUAGUUGAUAACAAAAACCUUUGUUUUUUCAGAAUCUCAUGUCAAAAUCGUCUGAGUCUUGUAAACUAAGAAACUAGAUUAACUACAUUAUUUUAAGAGAUAACUUCAGAUUAUCAUAGAAAAUAGAAGAAACCUUGUUUUGAAAAUAGCUGCAAAGUAUUAUACUAGAUAACCAAAUAUCUAAUGAACAUUAUCUAUAGAUACGUCUGCUGAAAUUUAGGACAAGUUUAUAAGCAUUGAACCAUAAUAGAAUGGGCGUUUUCAAUGUUGUGCAUAAUUUUCUGCUAGGAAUGUUUGAAAAAAUUUUCUAUUAAUUAUUAUUUGAAUUUGUAUUUAAUUAAAUAAUUAAUUCUUUGUUAGCGCCAUUAAUCAAUACAACUGCAACUAACAACAUAACACAAAUACUGACAACCAGUAUAUCAACAACAAUUGUUUCAUCAACAGCAUCAUCAUCAUCUUGCCAGUUAACGUUUGAAUUAUUAACUAGGCAAUUCGAUAACCGACAAGCAGAAGGCUCAAUUGCUGUGAGUGAUUUUAAUAACGAUGGUCAAUGGGAUAUUAUUUUACCUCUUUUUCGCCAGUACACUAAUAUAGUAGUGUUUGGGGAUGGCUAUGAUUCCUUCAUAACAUCAACAAUAAUAGGCACGGGAUGUUCCUCGACUGGAACAUAUGUCAUUGCCGCUGAUAUCAAUAACGAUGCUCAGAUGGAUAUUGUUACUGCUUGUGACGGGGGUCCAAACAUAGUCAGCAUUGUACUUGGAAAUGGCGAUGGAUCUUUUCGUGAGGCAAUAGUAUAUUCAACAGGAGAAGACGGAUAUGCCAUAUGGCUCGACACCGGCGAUUUCAAUGGUGACGGUAACUUAGACAUUGUUGCCUCUAUAUAUGGAAUUUCCGGUAAUCGUACUGUAGAAGUGUUGUUUGGGGAUGGUAAUGGAUUCAUCGGAGGACAUACACGGUUUUCGACAGGACAGAAAGACCCUUCGUGGUCACUUGUUGUUGGUGAUUUCGAUAAUGACAGACAAUUAGAUAUUGCUAUCGGCAAAUUUUAUGUGCCACAGAUAGUUAUGCUGCUAGGAUAUGGCAAUGGGAGUUUUGGACCACCCAUAAUCAAU